AUGUUCGCUUCCAUCAUCCCACUCGCCCUUCUGGUAGCUCCAGCUGUCUCCGGCGCAGCCUCGUGGUGGACAAUCCGGCAGGGCGAGUCCUUUCUCCGGCUUGUAGAGUGCUACCAGUCCGACUCGGACUCGACCGACGAACCUCAUGUCUACUGCACUCUGAACCUCGAGACGCCCCGUCUCGGACCGCUGGACACGUGCCACGUCAAGUGGUUCUUCGAUCCCGCCGUCACGGGCGAGGUGACGACGGAGGCGGGGCACUUCCUCGGGUCAAAUGCUUGGGAACCGUGGAAUGGCGGCCGUGUCGACAUGGCUCCCGCUGUAAAUCUGGCAGGCGUCACCUUCCUCUCCGCCGAGAACCGCACCUGGACUUUCCGCGAGAGCGGACAUAUCGAGCUCGGACACACGAACUACUGCCUUGACUUCAAGGACGGUAACAUCGGGACGUACGGAACCGGCCUCUUCCAGCUCUGGGAGUGCGUGGACCACAACCCGAACCAGAUCUGGAAGCUAUGUGCUCGUCCAUAG